UCUACUACUGCAAAAUGUCAAACAUGACUUUCACCAAGGGUAUUUUUGAUAUUAUUUUUACUAUGGAGAAGUACUAUUUUUCCACAAAGUUUCUUUUGUCCUUGGUCUUUAAUCUCCUUUAAAGAAUUUGUAAAAACAAAACGUGUGUGCUAUCUAAUGAUACUGCUCAUUUAUACUCCACCCUUGCACUUUGGAUAUACAAGUGCUUCUGAAAUAAUAAUUAUACAUUUGUACAAGAAGUAUUUGAAUAUUGAGUAAUCAAUUACUGUACUCUUUUUGUUGGUUAUAAAUUUAAUAAAUAGCCAGAAGUAGACAACGACAGUUUUCAAUUACUGGCAGAAUCACACGCACGCGCGAGAAAAUGUCUUCAUGGGAAAAGCCUGUAAUAAGAAAGGAAAGGCUACAGCAAAGGCGAAAGACGCCAUCAUUUUCUUCCUCUCUGUUGGAAGCCAUUUACCAAUCCAUUGAUGAAUCCAAAGAAGAAGAAAACCAUGUUCCGAAUAAAAGGAACAAUACUGUGCCAGCUGAAGAAGAGAUUACUAGUCUUCGACGAGCAAUCUUGAUUGAGAAAUGGAUGGAAAGUUACAAGUAUACUCAAAGCUCAAGACACUUUAGUUCAGAUUCAAGUUCAUCAACAGACUCAAGCAUGUUUUCAUCCUCAGAAACUGAGUCAGCUACAAGAUCUACAUCUAAAUCAUUACUUUUUCAGACAUUGCCAAAACCAACAAGACAAGUUCGUGAAAUACUUGUUCGAUCAGAAAAUGUUGUUACAUUGUCUGCAGAAACAACUCCAAAAUGUGAAGGAGGAAGGUUUAUGAGAACAAAAACAAGAGCCUUGAAAAUUUAUGGUGACUUGAAAAAGGUGAAACAACCAAUUUCACCAGGUGGGAAAAUAGCAAACUUCUUGAAUUCGAUAUUUAAUUCGAGAAAUAUGAAGAAAAACCACCAACAAGGUAUGGAAGAUUGGAGUUCAGUGAGGAAAUCAAGAUCAGUGAAUGACUUAAGUAGUACUGUGACAUGUUCAUUGCCUACAAGUUCUUCUUGCUUAAACAAAAGUACCCCUUCUUCGACGAGAGGUAAAUCGAAAAGAUCAGUUAGAUUUUGCCCUGUUACUGUAAUUGUUGACGAAGAUUGUCAACCAUGUGGUCACAAGAGCAGCAGCAACAACAACAACAACAACAACAUACCAAGUGCAAUCCCACAAGUGGGGUCUGGGGUGGGUGGUAUGUACGCCCACCUUACGCCUACCUUCAAGAAGGCGGAGAGGCUCUUUCCGGAAGACCCUCGGCUUAGGAUAUGUGGUCACAAGAGCAUAUACAAGAAUGAGGAACCAAGAAUUUGGCAUGUUCCAAAAGUAGGGAGCUUCAGAAACUUCGAGGGAAAACACAUAAACAAGAAUCAAUACAGAGGAUUUUACGAGAGUGAAGACGAAGAGGAAGAAGAAGAAGAUGAUAGUAGAAGUUGUGCAAGUUCAGAUUUGUUUGAACUUGAGAAUAUUGGCAUGAUUAGUCAUGUUCAUGCAACUAGAAAUGAGUUGCCUGUCUAUGGAACUACUAGUUUGAAAAUGAAUCAAGCAAUUGCUAGGGGUUUAGUUAUGUGAUGUAAUAUUUCAUUAGAUCAUCAAUGUAAACACUUAAAAAUGAGUGAUUUGUCUUCUUGAA